AUGCCUAACACACAUAAUAUGUUUCUGUACUUUUCCCUAACUUAAAAACAACCCUUAAUUUUUUAAUUUUGGAGUAAUCCAGAGAGCGAUCCAGAACCCUCCAGUGCUUGCCUCCUCUUCAAUGAAACACACCAAAACGAUACCAAACAUCUGCAACACAUAAAUUAAACACACCCAAUAAAACUGAUAGCCUGGAUUCAUUCUUUUCCAAAAUAAAAGAGGAUGUUCUUCUUCUUUGCAGGAGGAGUAGAGCAGCAGGUGAGUAGAGUCUUGAAAUCAGGGGUGGGAAGGUGCGUAAACUGCGGUUCCAUGGCUGAUCUUGUGGAGUACGAGAAAGUUCUUAAGCUAUUCUUCAUUCCCGUUUAUAAAUGGCCUGGUAAAGAACCUGCUAUGUAUUGUAAUAAUUGUAAUCUGAUGUUUCCUCGAUCCUUUUCAUUUCCACCUCCAAGAACUGAUUCGGUGUCUCCAUCAGCUGUUUCGGACGGCUUAAGGUGCCAUUUCUGUGACAGGGUUGCCGAGCCUGAGUUUAGAUUCUGUCCUUUUUGUGGGAAUUCUCUGUGAUUUUGGAUUUUGGAUUUUGGGUUUUAGUGUAAUUGGGGGUUUUGAUUUGUAUAAGCAAUAUAUAAUCCCUCUCAGAAUUUUAUGUUGGUUUCCAAGAAUAAUCAGAAUCUGACAAGUCCUUUAUAAAA